AUGGCAUCCGCUGAAAAACCAACGGCCGAACAGCCAACGGCCGAACCGCCAACGGCCGCAACCGUGUCGUUGCGCAAAUUCAUAGCCGCCAGCGAUCGUGUGAGCAUUUUUGAAGCAAAGAUCAAUACUCCAGGUCAAGCUUCCCCGUCCCUACAUCUGCUACAAGUCCGCCUGCAACAAGUGAGAGCCUUAUGGGACAAGGUAGAGACGGAGUACGCCACGUGCUCCGAUCUAAUUGCCCAAGAAGGAUCCCUCGAAAUGGUGUCCGUGCUGCAGAACAAAUAUGACUAUUGCUAUUCGGCGUAUGAGUCAUGUUCUGCAGAGAUCAGUGCGACAAUUGACAGUGCCACGCCUCAAGCCGUGCAACCACCCUCCCAGCCAAUCAUUUCCUCCGGUUGCCGCUUACCUCCCUGCGAUACAGAAGUCUUCGACGGGGACUACCUUCGAUGGCCCACUUUCCGGGACCUAUUCACGGCAGUCUAUGUCAACAACCCCAGGCUGACACCGGUCGAGAAGCUCUUCCAUCUUUUCACGAAGACGAGCGGCGAGGCGAAAGCCAUCGUCUCCAAAUCCCCGCUCACAAAUGACGGGUUCGCCUCUGCGUGGGAAGCGCUUCAAGACCGUUUCCAAAACAAACGACUUCUAGUCAACAGCCAACUCAAGCUUCUGUUCAACUUGAGUUCCAUCUCCCAAGAAUCUGGUCAUGCGCUGAAAGAGCUGCAGUCCACGAUUCAGGGGUGUUUGACAGCGCUAGCACAUUCCCAAAUAUCCACGGACAACUGGGAUUGUCUGCUGGUGUUCCUGUGCGCAAGCAAGCUGCCGAAAGUUACCCUUUCGCUAUGGGAACAGUCCCUAACGUCGAAAUCCGACAUUCCGGCUUGGGAAGAGAUGAACACCUUCCUAAGCGAAAGAUAUCGCACAUUAGAGGCCAUCGAGGACAUGAAGCCGACUCAAGCAGUCCCGAAAAAGCUUCAGUCCUUCGAAACGAAAGUCAGCACCAAACCAAAAGGGUGUGACUUAUGCUCCAAGGAGAAUCAUCCAGUACGCUUAUGCCCGCGCUUUCUCCAAAUGUCCGUCGACGCGCGUUCCGGCUACAUAAAAAAGAAGCAGCUCUGUCUCAAUUGUUUUGCAAGAGGCCACCAGCUACGUGACUGCACGAGCACGCACAGCUGUUUCACUUGUAAAGGGAGACAUCAUACUCUGCUACAUCGUAAUGCAACUCCGGCAAAUUCAAGAUCCUCCACGCCCUCUGCUCAGCUAUCUUCAGGACCCUCCAGCAGUAAUGCAUCGACGAGCAAUCCAACGGUGCAAAAUUACUUCGCCUCUGGCACUACAGCCGUUCUGCUGAGCACGGCAAUUAUCGAUGUGUGCCAUCUCGGCACGAACUACCGAGCACGAGCCUUAAUCGACUCGGGAUCCGAGGCGACUUUCAUUUCCGAACGCCUCUUCAAUUUGAUCAAGCUGCCAUUCCGCAGCAUCCAAACUCAAGUCUCCGGGCUGAACCAAUCUGUUUCGGCGAAGUCUACCAGAGUCUGCCAUUUUCAAGUGCGAUCUCCUACUAAGCCGGGUCUCCAGUUAGACACCGCAGCCUACGUCCUUCCGGCAUUGGCGGGCAAAUUGCCCUCAUAUCCAAUAGCUCGGGAUUCUUUGAAAGACCUGCCCGCUCUCCAAUGGUCAGACCCCAAAUUCUACGAGAGUUCGCAAAUUGAUGUUCUAAUCGGGGCCGACAUUUUACCUUCGGUCAUGCUGAGUGGCACGCGAGGAAACAUUUGCGGCUCUCUACUAGGCCAAGAGACCAUUUUCGGAUGGGUGCUUACGGGCCCGAUCUCCCAGGUGAACUCAAACAGAGUCGCAUCCUUCAAGACUCAAGUACACCAAGUAGGUGACGAGGCACUGGACACGCUUCUCAGCAAGUUCUGGGAGGUGGAAGAUCUACCAGUCCAGAUAGUAAAGGAGUCGGAUUUCUAUUGCGAGAGGAACUUUCUCCAAACGACGAAGAAAGACGCAAGCGGGAGGUACGUGGUGACGCUCCCGUUCUGCGACCCCGUAAAUUCUGGAUUCAAUCUAGGGUAUUCGAGGUCCAUCGCGUUAGCUCAGUUUCUCCGAAACGAAAAUCGGUUAAAAAGAGACUUUCCCCUAAAAAAGCAAUAUGACAGCGUGAUUCAGGAAUAUCUGGAUCUGGGUCAUAUGAAAGAAGUUCCGUCGACUCACAAUUCUCCUACCUACUAUAUUCCACAUCAUGCGGUGAUCAAGCCCGAAAGCACCACUACAAAGCUUCGCGUUGUAUUUAACGCUUCAAGCCCUUCAGCAAAUGGAACCAGUUUAAAUGAUAUUCUUCAUGCUGGUCCAGUCCUGCAAUCCGAUCUGACGCUUCAAGCCCUUCAGCAAAUGGAUCCAGUUUAA